GAGUGCCCCUGGCACCAUGGGUGUGCUCUAGAGCAACUUCUGUUUGCUCUGAGCCCCCUGCCCUGCCUCCCCUUUCACCAUGUUUCCUCUGGCAAGAUUUUAAGUACAGCAAUUCAAGAAGAUUUCUCCUCCUAAACUACAUUAUUCUGAAGUGUACUGCCUCUUGAUUGCUGGAAAAGAAUCUUAAAAUCAUUUCAAAAAUAACUUUUGAACAAAUUUACUAAAAGUGAUGAAAGGAGCAUUGAAGUUGAUUAGCACUAAUCUUUCACUGUGCCAAAGUGUGCGGUGUUUUUCAGAGGAAACCGGAAGAGAUCUGUUGAGUGGGCCAUGCCAGUGGGGAGAAUUGAAUGUCCCUCAUCUCCCUCUUUCCCUAGGGACAGUAGUCAUGAGUGCCGAGUGUGCGGGGUCACAGAAGUGGGUCUUUCUGCAUAUGCAAAGCACAUUUCUAGCCAGUUCCACAAAGAUAAUGUUGAUGCCCAGGAAAGAGAAGACGAUGGAAAGGGAGAAGAAGAAGAAGAAGAUUAUUUUGACAAGGAACUCGUUCAGUUAAUAAAACAAAGGAAAGAACAAAGUCGACAAGAGGAACCUUCCAAUAGCAGCCAAGAAAUAAGCUCUGAUGACAGGCGACCCCAAUGGAGACGAGAAGACCGAAACCCUUACCAAGACAGAGAGGGCUACAGUCAGCCAGCGUGGCAUCAUCGUGGACCUCCUCAGCGAGACUGGAAGUGGGAGAAGGAUGGCUUUAAUAAUAACAGGAAAAACAACUUUCCACAUUCUUUGAGGAAUAAUGGUGGACCAAGAGGAUGUUCCGGGUGGCACAAGGGUGUUGCAGGAGGCGCCUCAACUUGGUUUCACAACCAUAGCAAUUCUGGAGGUGGUUGGCAUUCAAAGAGCGGGGCAGUAGAUUGGAAUCCUAAUGGUACAGGAAGGAAUUCCAGUUGGCAUUCUGAAGGAACAGGUGGCUUUUCCAGUUGGCAUAUGAACAGCAGUAACGGAAACUGGAAAUCCAGUGUACGUAGUACAAAUAGUUGGAAUUACAGUGGCCCCGGAGACAAAUUUCAACCAGGCAGAAACAGAAAUUCUAACUGUCAGAUGGACGACCUGACUAUGCUGUGGAACAAGAAAUCUAAGUCAAACAAAUAUAAUCAAGAGAGAUACAGUUGGCAGCGGCAAGAAAGUGACAAAGUUGGUACGGCUGCCACGUAUAGAGGUCCUUCUGAAGGAUUUACAGCUGAUAAAUUUCCUUCAGAGGGCUUACUUAGCUUCAGUUUUGAGCAGCUGGAAAGCAAAACUACUAAGCAGACAGAUCCCAUAGCUUCCAAAAUGGGUGGGAAGAAUGGCAGUGUCGCUAGGGACAAGCUCCAUCGCUGGACUCCUUACCCUCCCCAGAAGACUCUGGAUUUACAAUCAGGAAUGAAGGAAGUCACUGGUAACAAGUCAGAAAUUAUAGAUAAGCCUUUCUUUGACUUCAGCUUGACAACUGCAGGAACACCAGAGCCCCAGAUUGAUGAAACAAAUCAUUCCCCAACGCUGAAAACACAGAAAGAAACACAUGGUGGAUCUCUUACUCACAAAGCCCCCUCUGACUGCCCUGCUUCUUAUGAGGCGGUGAGAGAUUGCCCCGUUACAGAAAAGCACGAACAAGAGCUUCACUUAAGUAAGAUGCCAUGCUUAAAAUCCGCACUCCUUCCAAUUCCAGUCACCAAGUCAGUUCCUCAAAAGCCAGAUUUAAAGAAUCCCUCAAAAAACACCAAAACAAAUUCUUUUUUUCCUGGAGAACACUCAAAUCCCUUGAACAAACCCGCUAUGGAAGACAGUCAUGGGUCUCACGUAACCAAACUACGAAGUUCAUGUUCUCAUGUUUUAAAAGGGAAUAAAAGUACAUUUGGCACUCAGAGAGAACCUGAUGAGAAUUUCAGCGAUACAUUACAAAAAGCCAAAGAGGUGCUACAGUGUCAUGAGUCAUUGCAAAAUCCACUUCUUGGCACUUCUAAAAGGACCAGAAACUUUGCAAAAGCAAGUAGGAAUGUAGAAGAGUCUGAAAAAGGAUCUUUGAAGAUAGAGUUUCAGGUACACACAUUAGAAGAUGAAAGCGAUGGGGAGCUCUCUGACAUGGAAAAGUGUGGAUCAAAAAUUGGAACCCUGGGCUCUGCCACUACAGAAAUGUUAUCCUGCAGCACUCACCUCGCUGACGAGAAAGAGGGGGAUGACCAAAACCUAAAAACAUGUAGAAAACUCUCCACUAAUGCAUGUAAUUCAACAGUUCAUCAGAAAGAACCUGAGUUGCAGAUGACCUCUGCGGCCAGUCCACCCUCUGGCUUACUGCUAGACUUGAAAACUUCUCUAGAAGAUGCACAGGUGGAUGACCCUGUUAAAUCUCAUGUAUCUUACGAAACAGAAGGUUUUGAGAGCGCUAGCUUAGAUGCAGAGCUUCAGAAAAACGAUCUAGGUCAGUCCUCAGGCCCUCUUCUGCCUGAACUCAGUAAGCUUGGCUUUCCUGCCUCUCUCCAGAGAGAUCUAACCCGGCACAUUAGUUUGAAGAGCAAAACUGGAGCACACCUUCCCGAGCCAAAUCUCAAUAGUGCUCGCCGCAUCCGCAAUAUUAGUGGUCAUCGAAAGGGUGAGACAGAGAAGGAAUCUGGGCUCAAGCCAACCCUUCGACAGAUUCUAAAUGCAUCUCGGAGAAAUGUCAACUGGGAACAAGUCAUCCAGCAAGUAACCAAGAAAAAGCAAGAGCUAGGCAAAGGCUUGCCCAGGUUUGGCAUAGAAAUGGUGCCUUUGGUUCAAAAUGAACAAGAGGUCUUGGAUUUGGAUGGGGAGCCUGAUCUGUCCAAUCUAGAAGGAUUCCAGUGGGAAGGUAUUUCCAUUUCUUCAUCUCCUGGGUUGGCAAGGAAGCGAAGCCUUUCUGAGAGCAGUGUGAUCAUGGACAGGGCUCCUUCUGUGUAUAGCUUCUUCAGUGAGGAAGGUACGGGCAAAGAAAAUGAGCCCCAGCAGAUUUUUUCACCUAGUAACUCGUUGAGGGCUGCACAGAGUCAGACAACGACCCUGGGCCUUAAGCAGGAAGUGACACCUCUGGCUGCCUCCCUAAGAACGGGCGAAAGGGCGGAAAAUGUUGCUAGUCAAAGGCGACACAGUGCACAGUUGUCCUCUGACCGAACGAUACCUUUGAUGCACUUGGCCAAAGACCUGAACAGCCAGGAGGGUUCUACGCCAUCUUCAGAGAACCAGAAUACCCAGGAGAGUAAUGGCGAAGGAAACUCUUUAUCAUCAAAUACAUCCUCAGCCCUUGGAAUCUCCAGUCUGGCAGACGCAGCCACAGACAGUAGCUGUACCUCUGGUGCCGAACAAAACGACAGCCAGAGUGUGCGAAAGAAACGGAGAGCCACUGGGGAUGGAUCUUCUCCCGAACUCCCAAGUCUUGAGAGAAAAAACAAAAGAAGGAAAAUUAAAGGAAAGAAAGAACGUUCUCAGGUUGACCAGCUGCUGAAUAUUUCUUUAAGGGAGGAAGAACUGAGCAAAUCAUUGCAGUGCAUGGAUAACAACCUUCUGCAAGCCCGUGCAGCCCUGCAGACAGCAUAUGUUGAAGUUCAGAGGCUUCUUAUGCUGAAGCAGCAGAUAACUAUGGAGAUGAGUGCACUGAGGACCCACAGAAUACAGAUUCUACAGGGAUUACAAGAAACAUAUGAACCUUCUGAUCGCCCAGACCAGGUUCCUUAUAGCCUUCCACGAGAGCGAAGGAACAGUAGAUCUCAGACAUCUGCUGAUGCCACCCUGCUGCCUACUCCCUUUUUCCCAGUUGUUCUGGAGCCUCCAUCUUCCCACAUGUCUCCAUCAUCCACUGGAGUCCCUCUCCAAGUAACCACGUCUCCUACUUUCCAAGCUCAUGGCAGUGUUCCUGCUCCAGACUCUUCAAUUCAGAUUAAACAAGAACCCAUGUCUCCUGAACACGACGAGAGUGUGACUGCUGUGUCACAAGGCUCUGCUGGCAAUGUGUCCAAGGAAUUACUGCAAGCUAAUAGAGAGAACAGUGACAGUUGUCCAGUUUAUCCAGUCAUCACUGCAACGUUGUCCUUAUCAGAGGUCACAGAAAGUUUCCAUGAGCCUAGCCAAGAACUGAAGUUUUCCAUGGAGCAAGGAAAUACCAGGAACAGAGGAAAUGCCCCCUCUUCCCAACCAGCUGAUCUUCAUGAAGAGCCAGUCAAAGGCAACAGCGGGUCUGAGGCCUGUACCAGUUCCUUUCCAAGAUUGUCAUUUGUUUCCGAAACCCCCCUAGAGAGGGACCCCCACUCUCCAGCUGACCAGCCUGAGCAGCAGGCAGAGUCUACCCUGACAUCAGCUGAAACACGGGGAAACAAGAAAAAGAAGAAACUUAGGAAGAAGAAAACGCUUCGGGCUGCUCAUGUUCCCGAGAACAGUGACACUGAACAGGAUGUAUUUACUGCUAAACCUGUAAGGAAAGUAAAGACUGGAAAGUCAACUAAAGGGGGGAAGGUAACAACCUCCACCUGGGAAGAUAGCAGAACUGGCCCGGAGCAAGAGAGUGUCAGAGAUGAGCCAGAUAGUGACUCGUCUCUGGAAGUCCUAGAGAUCCCUAACCCUCAGUUGGAAGUGGUAGCCAUUGAUUCUUCUGAAUCUGGAGAAGAGAAACCAGACAGUCCAUCUAAAAAGGAUAUUUGGAACUCCACAGAGCAAAACUCAUUAGAAACUUCUCGUUCUGGUUGUGAUGAAGUUAGCUCUACCAGUGAGAUUGGCACUCGUUAUAAAGAUGGUAUCCCUGUAAGUGUGGCAGAAACUCAGACUGUGAUCUCCUCCAUAAAAGGCUCAAAGAACUCUUCAGAAAUAUCUUCCGAGCCAGGAGAUGAUGAUGAGCCCACAGAAGGGAGCUUUGAGGGGCACCAAGCCGCAGUGAAUGCAAUUCAGAUAUUUGGGAACUUACUGUACACCUGUUCAGCAGAUAAAACUGUCCGAGCUUAUAAUCUGGUGAGUCGGAAGUGCAUUGGUGUCUUCGAGGGGCACACCUCCAAAGUGAACUGCCUCCUGGUUACACAAACCUCUGGGAAGAAUGCUGCCCUUUACACUGGUUCCAGUGACCAUACCAUUCGCUGCUAUAAUGUUAAGACGCGAGAGUGUGUGGAGCAGUUGCAGCUGGAAGACCGGGUUCUCUGCCUCCAUAGUCGAUGGCGAAUCCUCUAUGCAGGACUGGCAAAUGGCACUGUGGUCACCUUCAACAUAAAGAACAAUAAACGACUUGAAAUCUUUGAAUGCCACGGCCCUCGGGCUGUCAGCUGUCUUGCCACAGCACAGGAGGGUGCCCGAAAGCUGCUCGUUGUUGGGUCUUAUGACUGCACCAUUAGUGUUCGUGAUGCACGGAAUGGACUCCUCCUCAGAACUCUGGAGGGCCACAGCAAAACCAUUCUUUGCAUGAAGGUGGUGAAUGACCUUGUGUUCAGUGGCUCCAGCGAUCAGUCAGUCCACGCCCAUAACAUUCAUACUGGUGAGCUUGUGCGGAUCUAUAAAGGUCACAAUCAUGCAGUGACUGUGGUGAAUAUCCUAGGAAAAGUGAUGGUGACCGCUUGCCUGGAUAAAUUUGUUCGUGUCUAUGAAUUACAGUCCCAUGAUCGACUGCAAGUUUAUGGAGGACACAAAGACAUGAUUAUGUGUAUGACCAUCCAUAAAAGUAUGAUUUAUACUGGCUGUUACGAUGGCAGUAUUCAAGCUGUGAGGCUGAAUCUGAUGCAGAAUUACCGUUGUUGGUGGCAUGGUUGCGCUCUGAUAUUUGGCAUUGUAGAUCAUUUGAAACAACAUUUGCUCACUGACCAUACAAAUCCAAACUUUCAAACUCUGAAAUGUCGCUGGAAGAACUGUGACGCUUUCUUCACUGCUAGGAAAGGAUCCAAACAGGACGCUGCAGGACACAUUGAACGACAUGCUGAGGAUGACAGCAAAAUUGAUUCAUGAAGUUUUUUGCCUCCCAUGUUGGGAAGUUAUCAUUUGAACUAAUUUUACAUCGGCCCUUCACAGAGGCCACAGUCUUCCCUUCCCCAGAGAAUCAGGGAAGGAGAAAGUGGUUACUAGCCAGGCUUACCACUAGUAUAAGUCUGGGCAGCUCUAUGGGAUGAUAGUUACACAUUAAGUUCUUACUGGAGGUUUGUCAGAUUGAAACAGAUUUUAAGGAACUAUACUUCUCUGGAACAGCAUGGAACGUAGUAAUCUGUGCUACUAGUAUUCUCCAGAUGUUGAUUAAAGAUACAGAUCUUAAUUGGCUACCCAGUCUGACCCUAAUCAUAUGUAUUUUUUAGUUUAUGUUCUUAUGAUGGUUUAAACCUGUAGUCCGGCUUUUAAGUACAAGUUUGUGCAAAUGCUAGAUUUUUAGGAUCACUUUUAAUUUCUUUAGUUCUAAUAACUGGGUAUUUAAAUUAGAAGCAACUAGUUCCCUUUCUUAACAAUUACGUGCAGUGUGUUUCACUAUUCUCUUGCUUUGUAGGUGGACAGAGCUGGCUUUAAAUGCCAAAGGGACACACAGUAGAUUUUCAACAGCUAGAGUGAUUGCUCUGCUGGUUAUAUUUUAGGAACUCAGCAAAUCACAUAAUGACAAGUCCUCACAGACAGCACUUCCUAUCGAACGUCUGUGCACAUUUUGUUGGGAGUGCUCAGUUCAAGACAGUGCACAGACCUAACAUCUACCUUGCAAUGUUGCUGUUAGGCCCAGGUGCUCACGCUGCAGGUAUUAUCAGGCCUUUCGAACUGGAAUGUAGCCUUUAUCUUCCUUUCCAGUGUCUGACUCUCCAGGCCUGCUGCUGUGUGAAACCUCUUAGUUUGCUCCAUUGCCAAACCCUCUCUCCCCUGCUCUCUGGCUGUGCCUAGACUCUUGGCGGCCAUCACAUACUUCCUGUAGGCUCCCAGGGUGCUUUCCCCCCACCUGCAGCACCCAAGAUGGGGGAGUUAGGAUAAAGCAUCUGCAUACAGUCUUUAGGGGCUCAAGCAGGCUUCUUAGAGACUGAUUUCUGAAACUGGAAUCUUGCCUUCACCUCCCCUCUUGAUGGCAAAGAAGAGUGGAGUAUGAUGAAGGGAAAGACUCCACUUUUCCACUGAGAGCAGCCAAAUUAACAAAGCCUAGUGAGACUGCUUUGUUUUUUUGGAAUUUCUCUGGACUCUUGAGAGAAUCUAUAGAAGUGUUGCUUUCCAGCCUUUUGUUUCUGGAUUCUCAAGACUCUGAAAG